UCUCACAGCGCAUGAAAUAACAAUGCUGAAAGGAAUAAUUUACAGCCUUGUGAGCUGGCAGAGAAGCUCAAGGGCCACUGGUUUUGUUUGUAAACAAAUUUAUCCAUGGGGCAGUGCAAGGUGCAUCAGUAAUACCAACUUCUCUUUGCAUCCAAGGACAGAUCAUAAAAAAGCCUCAGAAGAAAAUAAAACACCAGUUGACAAUCUUUAUAAGCUUUCUGUCAAUAUUAAAAAAAUUUGUCAGCCCAAAGGCUGGGUGCUUUUGAAGGAUAUCACUUAUGUUGAAGAGAUUGCUAUUAUCUUGAAAGAAAUGGGAGCUAGUGAAGUCACAAUAGCCAAUAUUCUAGAACGCUGUCCUGAAGCAAUUCUUCAAGACGCUAAAGAGAUAAAUGCAAAGAGGUCAUUAUGGCAUUUGGUUUGUUCAGAGGACAAAGAACUGGUUAAAAUGAUUGAAAAGUUUCCUGAUUCAUUCUUUACUUAUAAGUAUCCAGAAAAUCAAAGAGCUAAUAUCACAUACUUUCAAGAUGUGGGACUUAGCUACAAAAUUAUCUGUAAACUUUUAACAAGUGCUCCACAAAUCUUUUGUAAUUUAGUUGAGGACAAUAAACAGGUUAUUGAUGUGCUGAAAGAAAAUUACCUUAGCCUGGGUGGCUCAAAAGAAAACGUUAAAACUUGGCUAAUGAAGUUAAUAAUGCAAGACCCAUUUAUUGUGUCAAAGUCUUCAUUGGCAAUGCAAGAUAAUAUAAAGUUUAUUCAGAGUUUAGACUUUUCUGAUAGAGAAGUCUUGAAACUUUUGUCCAAACUAAAAGGCUUUAUCUUUAACCUCAAUUCUAGCAACAUGCAGAACAAUGUUCUGUUUGUUAAAACUUGUUUCAGCUGCACAGAUGAAAAGAUGAGAGAGAUGAUACUUAAAUGUCCCAGUCUUUUGAACUUCUCUGUUCCGGUAUUAGAAGACCGUUUAAAGGGGCUGUUAACAGAAGGUAUUUCAGUAAAGCAAAUAAAAGACUCUCCUAGUGUCCUUGAACUCACAGAACAAAUUAUACAAUACAGAAUGAAAAAAAUAAGAUUAUUAGGCUAUGAAAUAAAAGAUACAAAUUUAGAAAUUUUGAAUGGGACAAGAAAGGAUUUUGAAGUGAACUUUGGCAGAUUACAAGUUAAGAAAGAAAGACCUCUGUUUAAUCCUGUAGCACCUUUGCAUGUAGAAGAAUGA